CCUACAGGAGGGAUUUUGCCGCGAGUUGUUUUGUCUGACAAUUUUUUCCAUUGUCAGCACAAAAUAGGCUACGAGAGCCUACGACAUCCAGAGCGAAAAUAGCAACACAGUGGCGACCCCAACAGCUGUAGCCUACUACACUACAGGGACAUUUAAUUUGCAAGGCCAGGUCAGCAUCAACCAGAGGGCGCUCAGUUUCAGAGGAUUUGCGUUUGGAGCGAGAAUCACACAGUAGGUGAUUUGAGAAGAAUCCGAGAAACAGAGGUCGUUUAUAAUCGCAAUAGAAACAAAUGACGUUGUUUGACUCGCUUGCACUUGACUGGAUGAGUGCACACAGCUAGGCUUCUUAAUCGCGGUCGAAUAGAGAAAGCGGGCUGUUGAUGGUUAAAAUCUGAGCCCAAUCAAAUCAUAGUCAAGACGAGGAGACAAAAAAAGAGAAGAUCUUCCCCUGGUGUUUUGUUGCUGCAUUUGGGAGGAGGCACAUCGGAUUAAAUACGUGAUUUAUUUUGUUUCCAUGUUCCUGUGUGAUGUCAUAAAGAUGGGACGCGGUGGAGUGGGAAGCAAAGCAGGCGCCGGGGGCUGAAAGGCCCCUCCAGCGGCCAAUCAGGAUGCAUGUCUCCUCGAUGGGUGUCAGCAAGUUGUGCUUUCUGUUCUCCCUGGCCCUCUGUGCCCUCCUGCUGCUCCUCAUCCCUGCCCUCCAGCCCUCACAGCAUCAGGGGGACCUGCCUCAGCCCCGGGCCCACACCAAGCCUGCCCGGGCGGGCACAGGUGCAAGCAAAAUCCCCCAGCACCCUGGAGGUCUGGUUGUCCCUCUCCAGGCAGAUGUGGGGAAAGUGACAGUGGGAAAUUAUGGGAUUGAUGGUGGAUCUAUAGGGCAGGGCACACCCAGAGAGACCAAGAGGACUGUGGAUGGGGACUGGGUGUAUACAGCUGGUCGAGGUGACACCCAGGGCAAUGGGAAGCAUACAGACUCUCAGACAGGGCCGAAGGAGGCCUUCCCCCACAGAGCUGGAGUUGUGGUGGGGGCUGGAGGGUCUCGGUCCAGGACCCCUCUAGAGCUGAAAGACAUUUUCAUAGCGGUGAAGACCACCAGGAAGUACCACAAGUCCAGACUGGAUUUACUGUUCCAGACCUGGGUGUCCAAAGCCAAAGAACAGACCUUUAUAUUCACUGAUGGGGAGGAUCAGGAGCUGAGGAGGAGAGCAGGGGCUAAUGUCGUCAACACCAACUGUUCAGCAGCACACACGCGGCAGGCCCUGUGCUGUAAGAUGUCUGUGGAAUACGACAAGUUCAUCGAGUCGCAGAGGAAAUGGUUCUGCCAUAUGGAUGAUGAUAACUAUGUGAUUGUACCCAGUCUGCUGAAGCUGCUGUCCUCCUUCCAACACACCCAGGAUGUUUACCUGGGCCGGCCCAGCCUCGACCACCCCAUAGAGGCUGCAGAGAGGGUCAAGAGUGAUGGAUCUGUGUCAGUGAAGUUCUGGUUCGCUACAGGAGGUGCAGGGUUCUGUAUCAGUCGUGGUCUGGCCCUCAAGAUGAGUCCAUGGGCUAGUCUGGGGAACUUCAUCAGCACGGCAGAGAAGAUCCGUCUCCCUGACGACUGCACUAUCGGUUACAUCAUCGAGGCGCUGCUGGAGGUGACGCUGACACACACCCACCUCUUCCACUCCCACCUGGAGAACCUGCAGAGGCUGCCCACAGACACCGUGCUGGAACAGGUCACUCUGAGCUAUGGGGGUUUUGAGAACAGGAGGAAUGUGGUCAGCAUUGGAGGAGCCUUCUCUCUGGUGGAGGACCCCUCACGGUUUAAGACUGUCCACUGCCUCCUCUACCCAGAGACUGACUGGUGUCCUAGUAAGGCUCACCAUUGAUGGCCACUAAAGUAUAUCUACAAUACUUCCUACCAGCCUGGUUGACUGGUGUCCCUGUGUAUGCUAGCUAUAUCAUUGCCAUGGCAAAAUGACAAUUUGGCCAAAGCAAAACCAGACUGGCACCCUGGCUAACCCAACAGAACCACUUCACUCAGAUAAAAUGGUUAAAUGUCUGUGUGUCUUUGAGAGGAGACAAGCGGAGGUAAAUGGAGUGAGGAUCACUUUUGUCAUGGUGGGGUGAUGAAGAAAUGCCCCACUACUCUUAUCAGUACUGUACCCUCCACUCAUCGCAGUAAGUUGUCGUCGCUGGCUGUUGCUGUGGCGAUGUGUAUCACCACUCGUUGCUUUAAAUCCCAAACUCUAAUCUUUUAGUAUUGUGAUCGAGGGUUUUUUGAAGGAGUGUUAAGGUACUUAAAUUACUGUUGAAAAGGUACCUUAAGAUGCUGAACAGGGUGAAAUGUUAAAUUAUUUGCUUUUAGGUCUAAACAUUUACCGGACUGAUGUUUUUUUUUUACAAGAGCUCAUGACCAGAAGUCAUCAGAGAUGAUUAUCUGAUAUCAGUGUUACAGGAAGAGAGAGACCGUUUAAGUAAUGAGUGAGAGACAUUUGUGCUAAUGUAAUGGAGUUAAGAAUGUACCGUAAGCUGACUCCAAGGCUGGCUUGAAAUGUCGCAGAUGGAGCUAUCCAAUUGGAUCUUUUUGUAUAGCUCAAUCGAUUGGUACGUUGUCAAGGAGGUUGGUCACGUGUGUUUGCGAGCAGAGGAUCACUAGUCGAAGCCCGGUAUGGGGAGAGGGACAGUGGAGGAAGCUAUACUGUUAGCUGCACGUCGGAUUCACUUCACAGACUACCCUUGUGCCCCUCAUGUCCUGAAGUUAAUGUCUUACCAGAAGAGGUUUCAAACUGGUGUGUGUACAUAUGUGCAGGUUUGUGUGCAACCUAAUAGUUUAACCACUCAAUCCGAAUGCUUUUAAUAUCUUAUAGCCAAAGAUGAUACCAGUGCCUUGUGUUUCAAUCAACUAGACUUUGGAAAUGCUUAAGAGCACAUAAUGAAAAAUGAAUUGAAGGCAUGAAAGGGAUCGUAUGUGUGACAGUAGGAAUUAAAAGUGUCCACCACACAUAUACACACAGCCCUGCAGUAACCAAAACAGACUCCUUGAAGGUGAGCACAUUAUCCUAAAGAUCAUUCAUUAGAACCCUUUGUUGCGUUUCCCCCAAUACAUGUUAUUUCUCUGUCAAAAGGACUACACAUUUUGCACUCCUCUCAAUUCCCGUGUUUAAUAUCUCUGUGUAUUAAAAGUUACAUUCGUGUUGUUGACUCGUUGUAAUGUGUGAGCUUGAGCUGGAAGUAGGUGUGUUUUACUGAUGUCUCACAUUCCUUUUUGCACGAAAACACUAUAAUCCAAAUACAGAAUGUCUUUCCCACUGCAGGUCAGUGGCUGAGAGAGAGGAGUCUGACUCAGAUUUGAGUCAGGAUGUGAUAUUUUUCCUCAUCCGUUUCACCAUUGAUGUAUUAUUUUGUUUAAUAAAGCAUAAAGCAUGUUUUGCAGCAUUACCAAACACUCCUCGCUGCCCUUUGCUUUA